ACGAUCAGUCUGCACUUUGCACCCUGUGUUCGGCUUUCGUUGAAAAGGUUCCCUUCCAGACCAGAAUGGCUCAACAACCGCUCCUGUCGCUGCCCGAGUUUCAGAACUUGUCGGUGGGCACUUUGGUGGUAAAGGAGCCGUUGAAUUUCUGGGGAGGAGCGAGAGUGAAGCCUAAGCAAACAAAGAACCCCGAGCCAGUAUACGAACCUGCAACUGGUCGUGUAUUGUGUGAUUUGAUUCCCUGUGUAGAGGAGGAGGUAGACCAGGCAAUUAAAAAUGCUCAUUCUGCAUACCUACAAUGGCGCAAACGGUCUGGGAUGGAAAGAGCCGGGAUCAUGUUUAAGGCUGCCAGGAUUAUUAGAGAGCACAGAGAUGCAAUUGCAAAAGUAGAAGUGAUCAACAAUGGCAAAUCCAUCACGGAGGCUGAGAUGGAUGUUGAAUUUGCAGCACAGAGUAUUGAGUACUAUGCUGGCAUUGCCCCCACAUUGUCAGGUCAGCACAUACAACUUCCAGAAGGAUGUUUUGCGUAUACCCGAAGGGAGCCGUUGGGUGUUUGUGUUGGCAUAGGAGCCUGGAAUUAUCCCUUUUCGAUGGCUGCCUGGAAGUCAGCCCCAGCAUUGGCCUGUGGCAAUGCCAUGGUGUUCAAACCAUCUCCAAUGACCCCAUUGACAGCAGUCAUUUUGGCGGAGAUCUAUAAAGAGGCCGGUGUCCCUGAAGGACUCUUUAAUGUGGUACAAGGAGGAGCUGAGACUGGAUCACUGUUGUGUCACCAUCCGACUGUGGCUAAAGUGUCUUUCACUGGCAGUGUGCCCACAGGAAAGAAGGUUAUGGAAAUGGCAGCCAAGGGUGUGAAGCCGGUGACUCUAGAGCUUGGAGGGAAGUCACCUCUUAUCAUCUUUAAAGACUGUGAACUGGAGAAUGCAGUCAAAGGUGCCCUCAUGGCCAACUUCCUCAACCAGGGAGAGGUGUGCUGCAAUGGCACACGAGUGUUUGUGCAAAGGGAGAUAGUGCCCCAGUUUCUGGAAGCAGUGGUGAAAAAGGCCAAGGCUCUUACUGUUGGUAAUCCCUUGGAAGGCGAGACACAAAUGGGUGCUGUUAUUAGCAAACCUCACAUGGAAAAAGUGUUGGGUUUCAUAAGGCAAGCUAAAGAACAGGGUGCAAAGGUGUUGUGUGGUGGAGAACGAUUUGUUCCCAGUGAUCCUAAACUGAAAGACGGAUACUUUGUGUCUCCAUGUGUGCUGGAUAACCUUAAGGAUGACAUGACUUGUGUGAGGGAGGAGAUCUUUGGCCCUGUGAUGUCCGUUUUGCCUUUUGACACAGAGGAAGAGGUCCUUCAAAGAGCUAACAACACAACCUUUGGGUUGGCAUCUGGAGUCUUCACCAGGGAUAUAGCUCGUGCCCACAGAGUUGCUGCGAACCUUGAAGCAGGAACGUGCUACAUCAACAACUACAAUGUCGGUCCAAUCGAGGUUCCUUUUGGAGGCUACAAGAUGUCAGGUUUCGGAAGGGAGAACGGACAAGUGACCAUUGAAUAUUUCUCUCAGCUGAAGACUGUUGUCGUGGAAAUGGGAGACGUGGAAAGCCUCUUUUAAGCAAUUGUGGGCGUAACAAUUAACACUUCUAAUGAAAAUGUGAUUGUUCCAAUGUUCAGAUCAAAAGUUUCUCCGUUAAGUUUGUAACAUUUGGAAUUACCAUUAAAAUGUGCCAUUAAGCCAAACAAACAUACUUAUACACAUAUAUGGAAAGUGUAGGAACUAACAUUGCUGUUGUAGUAGUUUGUUGUUUUUCUAAACUCCAGCAGUCCUUGCUGCAACAUUUGUGUUCUGUUACCAUUCCCAACACAUGGAAACACUAACAGUAUAUAAACUGUUAAACAUCUAUGUAUUUUCCUUAGUACUGUGAAACAUGCAUUUAACAAACAGUGUAUUGUAGUAUUCAAACCUAACUAGAUUAAUCCAGACCAGUUUAUUUCAAAAUUAAUUAGAAAGAAAGCAAGUGCCUUCCAGUUUUUUAACUAAUAAUUAUAUAUUAGACAGCACUUUGUUGGAAGUAUUAACACUAAUUUUUGGGCCUAGAUUUGUUUGUUUAACUUUUGCUCUUUUCCUACUUUCCAGCACAAUAAAGACUUUACAUUUGUCUGGUGAUUUGCACGUUUCUAGCCUUUCAAAUAAAAGCACUAGGAGUUCCAAAAGAAAA